UCUAAUUGAUAACUUCGAAAACGUUAGCAAUAUUAGCUAUUACUCCAGUUCAUUAAAAUAAUUGAAGAAAUCAACCACAAACGUAAUAUUGCAAUUUGGUUUAAGGAAAGGCGGAGAACCUUACUGAACCAGCAAUCUGACACCUCUCACAAGUUAAAAAAUAACAAAACCAAAUAUUCAAUUUCCCACUUGCUAAUCAGAACAAAAUCCCCCAUUUCUUCAUUACAAUCCUCAAAAUCCCAAUAACACUCAAACAAAUUCCUACAAUUCUCAUAAAUAAAAAAAUAAAAAAAAAAAAAGUCAAAUUUGUAGAGAGAAAGAAAUGGCGACCCAAACAGACGUGUAUUCGGUGUGGGGACUCCCAUCAGAAGAUGUAAAGCAGAGGGUGAAAAAUGUGAUGAACACCCUCCGAUCAGAAUUCAACGGUCCUGAUUUUGAUCCUCAUGUUACUGUUGUGGGGGCCAUCACACUGAAUCCGGAAGAUGCCGUUGAUAAAUUUAAAUCAGCGUGUAAAGGGUUGAAGGCGUUUACUGCUCAUGGUAGGGGUGUCUCCACUGGAACUUUCUUUUAUCAGUGUGUUUACCUCCUCCUUGACAUCACCCCUCAGAUAUUUUUAUUAAUAUCUUUAGUUGAAACUAGUGAUCAUUGCUGUGGACAUUUUGGUUAUAAUCGCGCCACACCUUACAUGCCACACAUGAGCCUUCUUUAUGCGGAUUUAACUGAUGAAGAGAAGAAGAAAGCUCAAGAGAGAGCUAAUGCAUUGGACGACAGCCUUGGCAACUUGAGCUUCAAAAUAAACCGCCUGGCACUGUAUAAAACUGAUACUGAAGAUAAGACACUCAAAUCCUGGGAAAAAGUGAUGGAAUAUGAUCUUGAUGAAGAAGUUUAGCUUGUUGUGCAUGCUUGUUGAAACAAGCUGUUCAGCGUGCAGCUUGCUCUUGCUGUUAGAAGAAGCUCUACGGGUAGUUUGAUCAUAUGGAAACCCAACGAGUUGUGAAAUUUCCCUAGUUCUACAGUCUGGUUUUGUGUUGUCUUUGGUUUAUGUAGGAUGUUGACUGACUGACUUGCUUGUAACAAUAAGUUUGAUCCAAAUUCAUUAUUUCUUUCA